AGUUACCUCCCCUUGCUCACCGUGACACAUUUAAUCGAUCAGCGUCAAAGUGUGCUGCUGUCUUCAGUUAAAAUGCCUCUAAAUUUACCAGACAAAUUCCCCGUCAAAAAGGUCGAUAUUCACAAUUUCAUUGAUUCCCAUAUAACUGAAAUCAGGACUGGCAUUUAUUGCAUAGGAACAUUUGGAGUGUUUCUUUGUCUACGGAGCUUGAGGCCUUUUUCCAAAUUCUCUAAGGUGGAAGAAGUGCCAUUAAAGUUUAUCCAGAAGAAUGUGACACUCCAGGGAAGAGUGAAGAAAAUUGAAGAGAAAGGGAAGCUAUUGAUUGAUCAUGAACCAAUUGUCCGUCUGCUAUGGCAUCAAGACAAACCAUGCCUCCCCAUUCGGUUAGCAUUUCUAUCAAUAAGUCCACAGAGUAGACUUUGGUUAUUGAAGAAUGUAUUGGACAAACACAUUUGGUUCCAGCCAGUAAGAAUUUCAAAUGGAGGUCUAUCAAUUGAUUGCAUUGUGUACACAAAGGGUUUCCUAUGGAGAAAGGUGAAUAUCAAUGAGAAAAUGGUAAUGACUGGGACCAGCAAGCUUGAAGAGAACAUAAAUGUCUCUCUCAAUCCAAAACAGACCAAAUAUCUUGAAAAUCUUAUCAAGUUCGAAACACAAGCUGACAAGAAGGGUGUUGGAAUGUGGGCACGAGAAAAACAAUACACGGGUCUACUCAAAAUGCUUCACUAUUUUUUUGAAAAGACUAAAAACGGAUAUAAAUUUCUAACAAGCAAAGUUUCUCAAAAGCAGAGCUAAAACCA